AUGAAGGCAGAAAACAACUGGAUGCCGACUCACGACAAUCUGAAAAACCGAUUCCGGAUCCUAAUAUCUCCAUUCAUCGAGAAGAUGGAAAUGCUGACUGUGGAAGAACGUGCACUCUUCGUACAUUGCACGUCUACAACUUGCUCUCCAGAUUUUGAAAAGAAAAUAAAGGGAGAAGGUCACAAGUUAAGACUUGAAAAAACAAGCUCAAGACGUAUCGAAUAUUUUUUGUCUUAUGAUGAAACAAUCCAUCUAGAAGGAAAACACAAGAAACAACGGAAAAAGUACAUACACGUCAUCAACGAUCUUCUCAUUUCAGAUACCAGUGAUACGAAGAGGCAAGUCGACACGUCUCCACAUCGAAAGGGUCAACAAAAGUGUCGAAAUCGGGUUUCUGAGUUUCUUGAUGUCACUAUAACAUUACAAUUCCGGAUCCACGUGGCUCCAUUCAUCGAGAAAAUGAAAAUGCUUUCUGCGGUAGAGCGUGUACUCUUCAUAUAUUGUACGUCUACAACUUUCUCUCCAGAUUUUGAAAAGAAAUAUCGAUUGGACCUUCUGCAACAUGAUACUGCCAAAGAAGUCGAAGUCUCCCAUUUUCACUGUAAAAGAGGACGUGAGACUUCUUCAACUAGCAUGGCGAAAUGCGAAAAAGGAAAAGAAGAUAAUUCAGACGACAACUCAUUUGAAACAGAUCGUAAUUUUUCAGAGACCAAGUCAACUCUGUUCACGGUAAAAUCCGAUGUUCGUCUCCUUCAACUUGUUUGGAAAGAAGUGAAAAAAGAAAAGAAAAUACCAAUGACUAGCUUUUGGAAAGGAAUGAAGGAGGAAAACCACGGGACCCAAAGACAUGAUGAUCUGAGGAACGAUUCAGGAUCCAUAUAUCUCAAUUUAUCGAAAAAUUUGAAAUGUUGUCUGUGCAGGAGAAGAAAACAUUCUUCCAUUACUGCACAUCCACAACUUGCUUACCAGAGUUUGAGAAAAAAAUUGAAAGAAGAGGAACACAAGUAUAAAUGGGAACCAACAAAAUCAUGA